AUGAACUUGCUCGCCAGCGAUCCCCCCAGCCGAGUCAGGAUACGAACUCAUCCUCCACUCCGGCCAUUCCAAGCUUGGGUACCAUUCAACCCCAACCAGCUCAUCUCCUCGCUCAAAUCUACCAUCCUCAGCCUGCUGGGGGACACUCAGUCGAUCCCACUAACUGCUCAAGAUAUCUUGCUCGAACUUGAUGCCUUUGCCUUCCUCGAUCAAAGCCUUUGUUCGCUAAUCGACCCUACCCAUGACUUGAUCGAUGUCAAGACCGUCUCUCCCAUUCCAUCUACCUCACAGAUGGAGACUAGCAAGAAAAGACGAAGAUCGCAAAGCAAAACUCAACUCCCACCCAACACCCCCUCUGAGCGACUACCGCCUCAGCGAUGCAAGAGCCAGCCGGCUGAACGUGCAAUAAAACCACUCAACCAAUCCAAACUGACUCAUCAGCCCAAAGCAGCCAACCCUUCUAAGAUUCAAACCUCGUCCACGUCGCCAUCCGAUCAAAAAACCAAUGCCAAGAGUGACAACCUUCCAACAGAUCGACCUGUACCACCAGGACAAGGGAAACCCUCCACCAAGGCCCGGAAUCAGCGAAAAAAAAUCAGAAGGAUGAGAGAACGCGAGAGGAAGCUAUCGGCCAUUGGAAGUCUAGCGCAAGGCCAAUGUGAUCAAACCAGCAAACCUCAAUCCCAACCGCUUCAGCUGAUCAAGGGGGGGCGUAAUAACGAAGGAGCCAAGACCAACAACUCUUCAGUCAGGAAGGAUGGAUCCAGUCAGGGUAGCACUAGUCAGACAAGCAGUCAGCUAGACGAAUCCAGCUCUGAUUCUUCGCCCGAAUCUAGUUCCGAUUCCUCCACCGAAUCCAGCUCUGAUUCUUCGACCUCCUCAUCCGAGUCUGACUCCGAACCUGGCACAUCCGUCCCCAAGUCAACUCUAUCCGAAGCAUCAUCCCACCCAUCCGAACUACCCUCCAAGCGGUCAUGCAUACAAACAGUAACGGCUGCGAGCACCCAAACUGCAGCCCCGGUCACUCAAACCUCCAGACUAAUCACCCAAAAAACGGUUCCAAUCAUCUCCAAUCCCCAACUCACCAUGCUCUCCCUGUCCAACAAGAACAAACGAAAGAACCUCAAGCGCAAGUCCUGUCCCGAGCAGCUGGCUCAACCCAGCAAGAUCGUAUUUGAAUCUAACGUAUCUGGAAACCAUUUGAGGAGCCCAGUGAAGAACCCAGUGAAGAACCCAGUGAAGAGCCCUUGUUUUACGCCCCCAUCUCCUAAUUACGGGACAGCUUCCGCCUCUCCCAGUCUCGUAAAGGCCAGUUUACCCCAGAGAGAAGAUGUCUCCCAUGAUUAUUUGGCGUUCGAUGAGGACGAGGAGCAAGAGUUUGUUGACUAUUCCAUCACCCAUGCCACUCGCUCUCAUGGACCACCCCCCUCAGCCCGACACGCCGAUUUAAUCCCAUCCAACAUACUGAUCACCUCGAUCAACCUGCUCGAUCCCUACUGGACACCCGGCCAAAUCGGUAACACGUAUAGUUAUUUCGACAGCACACUUCCACAGACGACCAGCAAAAAGACGCGAAAGAACCGCAAGAAAUCACUCAAACGCCGCCGCCGACUGGCGGCCAAGACCCGGCUUUUGCAACAAGGACAACAUGAAGGCAGGGUGGAAGAGGAGGAGGAUGAAGACGAAGGGUCAGAUGGAUCAGAGUUUGAUCAGGAGAUUCAGAGGGACAUCGAAAACGCUUACGCAGAAUUCAUCGGCUCCGGUGGCCACAGCUCCCGCCUCAACGAAUCCGAUCAACAAGGGGGCACAUUCCUUACAACCCUCAACCAAAAAUGGGACCAACUUGAGAAAGUUGACAGGAAGACUGCCGUCCUGGGGUCCCAAAUAGCCAUUCGAACGAUUGAAAUUUCAGUGGAGAGCUUUACGCCGGAACCGAUGACGUAUUAUGGUACAUUGAUCGGCACUAACGAGGCUCAUCUAGCUCUGAAGCUUGACCCGGGAUGCAUACCCGCUGCGCAGGCGACGUUGGAGACGAGUGAGUAUGAUCUCGACGGGUCUGCAUUCGAUGACCAAGGGUGGGAGCCUGGUGAAGAGGAGGGGCACGAGGAGCGGAUGGUGGACGUCAAGGAGGCUCUCAGAGCACAUCAGAGAAACGCUCUUGCUCUUGAUGUCUGGGGCGGCUCACGCGAUGUCCGUGACUGGGAGUGGAACACUAUCAUCGAUGCUCGAAAGCUCUAA